UAUUCCAGCGGUGCUUCCAGCUCACAAAGACACCACAUCUAAUGUCCAUUUUGCCAAAAAGAGAGAUGGUGAGGGGAUAACGGGGUUGACAUUGACAAGUAUGAGAGCGCCCCCAGUCGAGAUAUUUGCUCUGAACAGCAAUUUAGUUGGCCACAAAAACGCAUCAUCAACGACAAAAAAGAUCGAGCUCAUGGGGAAGUUUGCCCAGGGGCAAAGUGGGGUCAUAAGACUGACCGAAACGUUAAAUUUUCGAUACAAUGUCAAAUCCGGCCAGCCUGGAAACGAAAGGCGCGCAACAUUUGCGCGUAAUGCUGGAGGAUCACGUUCCACAGAUGAAGUUACAGACACCUUGCCAAGCGCUCAGGGGUGUGAGGCCAGCAAGCCACCCUGCAAUGCAGGGGAAACCAUGGAAGACGCGCACAAGAAAGCAAUACUCGCGUCGAGUCUCCUAAAAAAUGUCAUUUCCAAGAAAAUUCAGUUUGAGCAGGAGCGCAAAAUGGAGAGGGGCGAGAUAUGCGAGACCCACCACGCGCCCUCUCCGUGUUUUGUUUCGCACGAACAUGAAGCGCAGAAGGAGAAAGUGACAACGAAAAAUUCCAAAGGACUGCACAGGCAAAGCUCGAAAUUCUCCGAGGCGGACUCGGACCUCACUUUCGUUUGCGUGGAUGAAUUUGGGCAUAUAGUGCACAGCAAUUCAAGCGAUGCCAAAGACGACAGUCGCAAGGAAGAGGCUUCUACUAGAGUAUCAGAAACGAAUUUAGAGACGGCGAAUGAAGCAGCGUUCGAUGCUAAAAAAGGAGCAUUCGAAGCAUCCAAAAGCACGCUGCUUCGAAGCCAAAAUAGCGCAUUCAGAUCCUGGAGGGACGGUGAGCUAGGGUUUCAAAAGGAACAUAAAAACGAGAAAACUCCUGAAGGGAAACUGCCACCGACUGACCGGUGUCCGAGGGAAACGAACGUAUACAUCGAUCCGGCGACGAGCAAGCAUACUAAAAUGUCACAUUUGUUUGUGCCAAGUAUCCAACUUCCGUCCGGUGAGAGGGAACCGAGGAAUCCGCCGCCGAUUAGGAGUUAUUCCAUGCGCAACGAAGGAGGUAUGAGAAUGCGCUCAAACACCCUAUAUGUCACAGAUACCACGCGCAGCGCUGUCACAUCUAAGUCACCAGAAAUUAAAAUAAGUUUGCGGAGCAUAAGGGAUAACAAAAUUGACCCGUUCAAUAUCGCAGAGCUGCUGACUCCCAAUAUAGGCUGUAAUGCGGCGAGCCAGAUAAAGACAGCUGAUGACACCAGAUGCCAAGCGCUCUCCGCAGCGUUUAAGGGUGAGUCUUCUGACAAAGCGCCUCACUUCAUAGUCAGAGACGUUAGAGAUAACAGGUGUAAGCUACAGACACCUAUUCACCAGGUUAGAGACGUGCGUAAAUUGGUGAAGAGUUCUUACCACUUUGUGGCUUUAGAUAGUCACGAAAACAAGUGUAAAAAGGGGACCCCAGACAGACAGCACAAGAUAUUAAAGCAGAGCCCAUAUCUUAACUCGGCCUCUCUCUCGCCCAUAGUCAUUAAAUGCCAGUCAGUGAAUACAAAUAGCAAUGCGAAGCUAGCCAGAAAUUUUAUAGACCCUGCAAAGCGAAGAUUUCCAGAGGAUAUAUUUGAGUCUGACAGGUCAUCUCCUCAGGUUCCUGUGGAGGGCCCCAAAAAAGGGAGCACGCCAAUCCAGAAACAAGUUAACAGAUUUCCUUUAGGUAACUCAAAGCAAGAGGUGCCAACAGGAUUGAAAAUUGAGACAAGCACCGUUAGACAAGAUAAUACGUGUGACACGAGCGAGAGCAUAUCCGAACCCAAGAUGGCCAACCAGGCUGCUUUGGAGAAAUUGCAAGCAGCUGUCAAAACAAUGGAGCAGUUGUAUGUUUUUGACAAGAAUGAAUGGAAGAGAAAAUCAGACCCACAACCAAUAACAGAUAGCCACGUGCUUUCACUUAUUGCCAGAGACGUACAUGGGGAUGCUGUUGAGGAGCAGGAAAGUGGUAGUUCGGUUCCCACAACAAGCAUGGAGAAGUUUGUGGGACGAGAUUCAAUCCCUGAAAAAAUCUCUGCAGGGCCUCCAUCAACCCAUAUUGAGAUGCCAGCUAAAAAAGAGGAAAAGGAUCCACCAAAGUCACUGAUAACCCCUAUCACCCAGGAUGAGAGAACCGUCCUUAAAUCGCUCAUGCAACUAACAGGAACGCCCUUUGGGAACAUAUCUCUGAGUCACAGUCAGAAACCUUUAGCCACAAGUUCCACAAAGUCACCACAAUCACAUGUUUCAUUGCCAGUAUCGCUUAGUUCCAAGGGUGGGAUGCCAAAAUCUUCAAAACUACCUGAGGUAUCUCAGGCGAAACAAGUGAUGGAGGAAAGGAAGAGGCCAAAUGGUAGUGAGGCAGAGUUCGCCCCUUUACAGUUCACUGCCACUGCAGAUGCAGAGAACUACCUGACCAUACCCGUGAAGCCUCUCGCCACUUCCGCCUUCAAGCCAACCGUGGCUGCACUAGGGAGAACAGCAGUUUAUGGGAUCCCAGCCGCAGGAGGUAAAACCCUAACUGCCAGCCCAGCACCUUACUUCGCUCACAAAGAGAGCCAUCAAUCCCUCAAACGAUCAACUGUUGUUAUGGAGACACGGCCCCCAGAUACAUCCACUGCCACUAUUUACCACACACCCAUGCCUUUUGCAAUGCAAGCUGCUCAGCCUCAAGUCAUUUGCUUCUCCCCUACAGUUCAACCUUCCCCAGUCCCAACUGAGCACUUACAGCGGACCCAAAGAAAGAUGCUCUUGGACCCCACCACAGGUAAUUACUACCUGGUGGACACUCCAGUCCAGCCAGCCACCAGACGUCUCUUUGACCCAGAGACUGGGCAGUAUGUGGACAUCCCUAUGCAACAGCAGUCUCCCAUGACCUCCGUCCCCCUGCCAAUAUCCCCCCUCGCCCUCGGUCCAGGAGCAUAUGGCCAUACCUACAUGUUGUAUCCAGGAUACAUGCCAACUACAGUGAUCCCCACCAGCACCAUUCAGUCCCAGCUCUCCAUGCAGUCAGAAGCAGAUGAUGGGGAUCGAUCCCAUUCACACAUGGGACAGCAGGUGGAUGGUGCUUACAUGGAGAGUCCUUAUUAUAUGCCAUCUGGGAAGUCAUUCCAAACCACCUCUAUGGCUCAACACGUCACCACCAGCAGGGUAGCCAACAGCAAUCAGCCUGUCAUUAGCAUCACCUCCCAGCAAGGGCCCAGGAUCAUCGCACCCCCCUCCUUUGAUGGCACCACCAUGAGCUUUGUGGUGGAGCAUAGGUAAAGCCCCAAUCACCUACAGUGAGACAAAAGCCAUCACCUUCUCACUGAUUUGGUGUCCGGUUUGUUCCAUUUUUACUAAACUGUCUUUUGGAAUCACAAUCUCCUUCAUCACAAACAGUCAUCAGGAUUAUGAAAUCACCCACUCUUCUCCCAUUAUUAAUUGUGGCUUUUUGUUUUGCCCCAUUGCUUAUCCCACUUCUUUCAUUUUGUGUUGUACAAUGGAUUGUCUGCCUUUAAAUCAUUAUGAAAGUGGUUGUACAUUAUCAGAGGGUAGCUAAAACCAUCUGCAAAUAGAUUAUUGUAAAUAAAUAAAUAACUUUCAGCACCUUCAGAAACUGUUAAUAUACAGUAGGUUAUGAUUCAGUAAAAAAAAAGAAAAAAUUAUUCGUGGAACACAAGCAUAACAAAUUUCAGUAUAAAUAAUAUUUAAAACUAUUCUUACGUAAAUUGUCCCAUUGAAUUGAAUGCCACAGUGUAUGUAGGACUGCAUGCUUGUGUUUCAUGAAUAAUGUCCAUUAACUGGUAAUUAGUAAUAACUGUACUGCAUGUGUUUGGAACAACAUUUUUAGGUGAACUAUUCCAUUUAACUUAAAGGGAUAGUUCACCCACAAAUGAAAAUUCUCUCACCAUUUAC